GAGCAGCUCCCAGUUCCUGGCUCGUUCCUGGCGACGCAUCGCGCACCGCGUGGCGGUCCUUUAACUCGCGAUUCGUCGUCCUCGGCCGAGUCCCUCGCGAGUCGCGCACAAUCGGUGACCGACGUCGGUCGGGUGUCCCCGAGGUCGGAGUUCGCGUCGCCGCGGUCGAGAUGAGGUAGCGCGUCGAUCGGCUCCAUCCGGCCUCGGUGUUUCCUAUACGUGGACGAUGCUUCCUAAGAGAAACGUCGGAUAGAGGAGGACCGGUCCAGGGGAUAAGGCGUUUAUCCGCAUCGGGAGCGAACAUAGGGGGAGGCGUCGCGGCGGGUGGCAUCGCGAUGAGCCCAGCUUCCCAGGGCGCCCUCGAGGUGGAGCGGUACAUCGGCAGCUGCCUGAUAUCCUCAAACGUCCGGUCCCCGGGCGGUCACAAAAUCGUCGCCAAGAAGUCCCCGGAGCAGGGCUUGCGCGGAAAGCCGCGCUGUUUCGCCGCCCAGAGCUACCAACAGCAGCUGGCCAUUGAGCAGCAACAGCAAUCGCAUCAACAGCAGCAGCAGCAGGGUCAGCUGCAGUAUGCACCGCCUGCCGGCUGGACUGGGGCGCCUCUCAUCUCCAUGGUCUCCAGUCCAAGGCGAAGCAGUCAGCGUUCGUCCCCGUCCCCCAUCGGGCAGCAACAACAGCACCAGCAGGUCGCCGGCAAGGAGCAGGUGCUUCCGGGCCACCUGCAGAACGGCAGUCCCCUUUCCAGGCUAGCCAUCCACACGCAGGGCGCGCCGCUCGUCCUGGCGGGUCGCUUCCACGGCCGCCCCAAGUCGAUGGGCAACGAGGGUUGCAUGGCCAACCCGGGCCCCGGGCCCGGCCACCCCGGUAUCGGCAGGUGCCAACCCCCCCGACCUCUCAGGCCCGCGAUGGCCGGAAACGAGAAGAAGCCCCUCAACCCCAAGGACUCUCCCCCGGGCGCAAAGGACCCCACCCCCGGCCCGGGCAACAUCGCCAACAUCGAUUCGCUGAGCAUCGCCAGCGACGAGAGCUCCGGGUCGAACAACUCGGAGAAUAGCCUGCCGCGCAUCAUCAAGCCCCGGAAGCGGCGGAAGAAGGACCGGAAGCCGCCGAACGCGGGGACCGAAGGCGUCGGAAUGCCGGUCGGAGGUGGGCCCGGAGGUGCGAAGCAGCAGGACGAGCAGGGUGGGAUGAUAUCGGACCAGUCGAACGUCGUCACUCUCAAGCCUUACGUCCCGGCCUGUUUCGACAGAUACGAGGCCGUUGCGGCAGCGACUCAUCGCGGUCCGCAUCGGCGCCCUCCGACUGUCGGCAGGGAUGGAUACGGGCGCGUCCAGACGGCCCAGGAAAUCGCCGACACCAGGCAGCGGUACCACCAUAGACACCACCAUCACCAUCAUCACCACCACGUGCAGGUGAAAGUGCUCGACGGCAACCGCAACGUGUUGCCGGUGAACGGCAACAUGAUCGCGGGCCAUGCCGGCGUCGCCACCGCCGGGCACAAGUUCGUCGCCCACCACCAGCACCGACCCGGUCAGGGGACCGCUGCGGCCGCGGCUGCGGCGGCCGCUGCGGCCCGGCUGCUGCAUGACCUCGUCGAGGCCAGCGGCUGCGACGAAGAGAUCGCCGACGGCCUCGGUUCCUGCCAGUGUCGAUACUGUGAUCCUUCCGGUCUGAUCUGGGACGUUGACCGCAACGGAUACUCGCCCUUCCUGACGCCUCCGCCGCCCCCGCCGCCCGCGCAGGGCGAUUACGGCGGGGCCAGGUACCAGGCCGCGCCGAUGUUCCUCUCCAGACCCCCGGGCCACGAGCGGGCCCACAGGCUGGAGCUCUUCGAGGAGGCCGCGGUUCCCAGCCAGCCUCCUCCCAGACCCCAACACUCCGACGUGCUCCUCAGGCGCAGCUGGAGCGAUCCUACCAGCUACUUCGGGGAGGAGAUCCUCCAGCCCAGUAGGGACGUUGGGGUCAUCGGCGACCGGGGGCAGCUGGACACCACCAGAGGUGCCCGGAGCACUUGGCGAGGGGACAACGCCUCCGCGUUGGGGGUGAUCCCUGCCGACCAGUCCUUCCCCUCGUCGCCGACGACGAUCCCCUCGCAGGGCCUUGAAGUCUCCACGGAGAUCGUCACCUCGCCCAAUGGGCACAGGGACCUCGAGAUCAAGUUCUACUCGUCGUCGCCCAGCGCCGCGGCGCACGAGGACAAGGCCGCCUUUGCCGAUGGUGACGACUUCGCCGAUAUUUGGAGUUACCACGAGUCCAAGCUGCAGCAGGACUUUCGCACGCUGCUGCAGGCCGAAGAGUGAAGGCGACCUGGCGCCGCCGGGCGAUGGACUACGCGUGCGCAAUGACUAUUUGGAGUCUGGCUCCCCGAGGAUGGAAUCCUGGCAGAAAAUGGGAUCGGCUGGGAACGGUCGGAAGAGGAACGUCGAACCUCGAAUCCUGCGCUUCGGGGGCAUGGGACGAACCAAUUCACCAGGGAUGCGCUUCUGACGAUGCACGUGGGGGAACAUCUUGAAGACCGACCCUUGAACCGGGGGCAGAGGACAAGAUAAUGGGGGUCGCCUGGGGUCGGACGAUGGCCACUGCGACGAACGCACGGCUCGCCUAUUGGGGAUCGAUCGCUGAUCGAUGCUGCCGGGAGAAGAGGCGCCCCAAUUCCGACGCUCCGAUCGCUACCGAUCGCUAUCAGGGAUGAGCAGCGUCGUUUUCGGAGGGCCCAGUGGACCCACCUUCGCCACCUUUCGAGAUAGCCGCACGACCAACAAAAUUUCGUUUUAUGGCCACCCGUAGCCGCUGCUUUUCACUCUCCCUUAGAAGUUCAAACACGAUUCCGGCGCAGCGAGUACGAGCGGGACUUUCUACCAUACUUUCCACGCGGGCACACUUUCUAUCAGUGCCAUUCUCCUUUCUCCGCGAUCGCGGGGCCUGCCGGCUCCGGAGGGGGAACCUCGUGGAACACUUACAUACGAAUGCUGCUCACCGAGUGUAGAUCUCGAAGUCGGACGACGUAUACGACGAGAACGUCGGAUGGACGCGCAGGAGUGGCCGACCUGUGCCGGCGAAAUUCUUCGUUACUGAUGCGUGUCUUGCUCUUUCGGGCGCAAGUGAUCGGCCCCAUUGCGGUGCUUAGUUUUGCACGUCGGACCUGCACCUUUGGAAGAUAACGCGACGUUGCCCAUCCCCGUCACAGUGGUUCCUCGUCUUCGCUUCGGCCCCCCAUAUCGCGACUCGGUGAUGCUAACGCGGAAUCGGAACUCGAUGUUCCUCGGUCGCGUUUUGAUCGGGACUCGAUCGCGACUCGAUCGAGACUCGAUCGCAACUCGAUCGCCAGUCGAUCGCGACUCGAUCGCAUUUUGAUCGGGACUUGAUCGCGACUCGAUCACGCGUGGGUAUCGAGUCUGUCGCGGCUGAUCGCGCGCGAUCGGCGCGCACGGUAGCGGCGGUCGUUGCCUCGCCGUCCUCUUCCUUUUAGGUUAGACUAGACUAAUGCGAUCCUGCUAGCGUACCGAUGUCUGUAGAUGUGUUUAGGAGUCGCGCGAAAUGGUCCGUCCUCGUCGCUCGAGCUCGCGCCGUCCGCGGAGGAGGGACCCGAGGAAUCGACCUCGUGCACCCCUGACCUCGGCCUAGAUCUCGAUCCAGCCCGCGAGUCCCAUCCAACGGUCGGGUGAACGUUGAAGGAAUGGUCCCUGGCCGAGUCGAGCCGAACGAAUCGACUUCUGUUCACGCGAUACACGACCUGUAUAAUUACCACCUGAGAAAUCGGCAGAAAUCGCGGCUACUUGGAAUCGUCUCGCGUCCGCUGGUCCAACGAGACGAUUUCCUACAGAUCUACGGAUCGGCUUUGUAGAUCGAAUUCGGAUCGAGUUUUAGAUCGAAGUAUUCGUUACGAGCAUGGUUCGGGGAGAAAUCGUUGUAUUUUUGCUGUCCAGGUCGAGGAAUGGUACCAAGAUUUUGUCGGGGAAGUCGAGAUCCAGCGACGGCGCCGACUCGUUUAACGGCGCGAUUAAUCGGUUUUCCGUGAUAUCGAUAAAUGGGCUGUUCUAACGUUCACCCGCGGUGACCUCGCUCGAUCGUUUUUGCUAGAAAUGGAUUACCAGGACGGACGGUUUCCGUUGGUCGAAUCGAUGGGGCGAUCGACCGGAUCGACUCUUGAGCUUAUUUAUUUCACGGCUCGGCAAAGCCGAGCCCACCUGUCCCUGCCCUAACGUUUCCGCAGCAUUUACCGAUCGCUAAGCUCUGCCUUGCCGCGCCCUGUAGGCGCACGACCCCAAGACCUCGAGAUCUCUCCAUGGUCUCUCGAUUUCGAGCGCGUACAGGUCUCGGAGUACUCCCGACGCGUGGGCGGAUAAAUCGUUCUCGAUCCGCCCACGUGGCAGGGUGGCGCGAUCGUCACGAUCGAUCGAUCCAUCGAUCGCUCGCGGUGCACUCGACGGGUCGGUCAAUGGCGAGCCUCGUCGCCUACCAUACGGAAUUUCAUUCAUUGAGCUCGGAGAGGUCGAACGGCUCGUUGAAUCCCGAGUCGAAGAGUGGCAAUCGGUAUUGGAAAAUUGAAAUUGUCGUCCUCGACGUUCCUCGGCCGGAGUUCCUUGAUUCUCGCGCCUGGCGGAUGAUCGCUUCCGGCUUGGCCGGCACUUUCCAAAUCCUGUUUUGAUCUCUUUUGUUAUUUUUGAGGGAGAGAGAGUCGAUGGAGCACUUCCGGCCGGUCCCCGAGGUGGAGGGGACAAUCCGAUCGCUCGAGGAAGCACGCUCGGUUUGCGGCGAUCGGCGGAAUCGGCUCGGCGUUAAACGAGCCGGAAGCGGUCUAUCGGCCGCUAACGAAGGCGUGCGCGAGCGGGGCGGGGACGCCGGAAGUUCGGGCGGAAGUCGCUAUCGCCGCGAGAUCGGCGCGAAUCGACGAAUGCUCGGCGCGAAUCGCACGCGACCGCCGAUAUCGAUUACCCUCGACGCCGGUCCGAUAACGCUCGCCCGAUAACGUGCGCCCGAUAUCGCGAAAGUCCGCCGAUCGGGUUUCCGCCCGGCGACGCGGCGGGCUCGAAAUUCGGAUCGUUGGAAAAAUCCCUCGUCACGUGGACGCCCUUGGGACUCCACUUUCGGAGCUUUCGGUCGCCGGUUGCGAAAUUGGGUCGUCGGCCCUUUGUCAAAUUCGAGCCCGCCGUUCACGAGCUCACCCGCGCAAUUAAUACAAGUCCAAAUUAGGACGGCGUAUCGCCGACAGGACAACGGGUCGAGAUUGCCUCGUGCCGUUCGCUUUUUACACUUCUUUAUUUUUUUUAUACCGCGCUUUUUGCAUCUAUACCUCGAACGUAAUAUGGACGCGAUUGUGGACAGUCGGUUAGUUUUCCACCGUUUUAUCGGAAAGUGGAGGCCGCCUCGCGCCGGGGAUGCGGAUUGACGUUUCGCCACGGAAAUACUGUCCUUGGGGCCGCGAACGAUAGGAAUGCCGGAGGAUCUUCCUUCCCCUUGCUCGUGACGCACCUUUCGAAUUAACUUUUUUCCCCGUCUUUCGAGAUAGACGUCGUUGGCUCGUUGCUACCGGCAGUGCAGGAACGUCCACCGUCCAUUUUGUAAUCCAACGCGAGGACGCCCGGUGGGUUUUGAGCGGUUCGGUCGCGAUUUCGUUUCUUCGCUCUCCCUCGACCUAAUCGGAGGUAUCGAUACUAAUGGCCGUUUCGCGUUCGUUCUUCCAAGCUAGGUCGAGGCAUCUUUCUCGUAUCGACGUCUCGUCAACGUGCUCCACUUGGUUGGGGGAAACUCGACGGUUGCGAGAGCGCGAAUCGGUCUCGAGAGAAGAAUCUAUUAUCAUUGUUCAUUCGUUGUUCAAAGCUACGUCGAGGCAUCUUUCUCGCACCGACGUCUCGUCAACGUGCUCCACUUGGUUAGGGGAAACUCGACGGUUGCGAGAGCGCGACGCUCGGCGCGAAUCGGUCUCGAGAGAAGAAUCUAUUAUCGUUGUUCAUUCGUUGUUCAAAGCUACGUCGAGGCAUCUUUUUCGCAUCGACGUCUCGUCAACGUGCUCCACUUGGUCAGGGGAAACUCGACGGUUGCAAGAGCGCGACGCUCGGUGCGAAUCGGUCUUGAAAGAAAAAUCUAUUAUGGUUGUUCAUUCGUUGUUCAAAGCUACGUCGAGGCAUCUUUCUUGCACCGACGUCUCGUCAACGUGCUCCACUUGGUCAGGGGAAACUCGACGGUUGCGAGAGCGCGACGCUCGGCGCGAAUCGGUCUCGAGAGAAAAAUCUAUUAGCCGCGCAUCCGCGUCCGUCGACGCCGAUGCGAUCAUCACAGGCCGUCAUAAAAACGCCGAAACCCGCAAUUAUGCACACACAUGGACGCACCUACCGGCGUCUCUGUCGGCGUGCAACGCUACGUGGCGACGUGAGCGUCGCGGCGCGCGUGGAUGCCAUUGUGCGGCUUUCCCUCGCUCCUUCGGAAUGCCUCAAAUCACAUAUCGCUCUUAUCCGCGAGACCCGUAAUUUCACUCCACGUACCACUCAUGGCCGAUUGCGUACCGUAUUUACCGUGCAGAUAGCUCGCAGAUUUACCUUUAAAUAUGCCGGCGUGGAGGCACGUCGAGACGGCCCGGACGAGCAGAGCUCGAGAUGGGGAACGGGAGAGCGUCACAUGUGCACUGGGCGAAAAAAUCAUUUUCUAGAAAAAAAAAGAAAAUAAAUAAAUUCUUGCAUCGAAUAGAUCGUUACUGGCCUAUUGUCGACAGAGGGGAUAGAAUAAAAUUAAAGCAAAUUACAAACAGUAACAGUUACAUUUUCUGAACUGCAUAACUUGCUUCAGCCAGUGAAAGGCUUUGAAAGGAUGAAUAAUGUUCUUGUAACAAACUAGAGUUUAAUAGAAUUACUAUUAUGUCCGAUGUUUUCUCCCAGACCUCGGCCAGGUAGUGGUAAACGCGUUCUUGCAUUAACUUCAAACAUUAUUUAUUCGGCAUUAUUAUUUACGUUAUAUGAAAUUCUAGAUCGCUUGUGUUCACCACAAUAGUCAGUCCGAAAGGAGAUGUAAUUUUUAUUAACAUUCUCUCUACUUCGGAUUAAUGUUUUGUAUAUGGAAUUCAUUUCGCAAAAUCAUUUUCAUUAGGUGUCAACUUGUCAUUGUGUGGUUUGCAACAUUGAGGAUUCUUACAAAAUCGAUUUUACUGGCGCCAAGAAAUUUGUUUGGCAAGAGACAUUUAGAUUACCGCAAGGAAUUAAUUUCCCCUGGAAAGUUAGUUUUUCGCUUAGAGGGUGCAGACGCUUUUACUUCACAUCGAAGGUGCUUUGAUUUCGGAAAAAGGGUUGCAAGCGACGAAAAGGUUGCAGCGGGAAAGAUCGAUCGCUGAUGGCUCGACAUUGGGAGUUACAAUUGCUCCAAUGUGUGCAUUAAUACGGCUCUUUCCGUUAAUCCUGGAAAGUGAUUCUGGCUGCAUUAACGGGAAGACGCCGAUGAAAGGAUUGGUGUAGGAUUGUUUCAUUAGAAAUUCCGGGCCGUUUGCAAAACGCGGUCAAAGCCUUCGAUCUGGCCGCUCCCUUUUAUUCGCGGGUGUUAUGGAAAUGUGUCCCUGGUCGGAACUUCGCGGUAACGAAUCUCAGGCAGUCAAAUGCAAAGCAUGUUUGAUGUCUGACGGAGGCUCCGAACUGAAAGGCACAUUCAUACUCAUGCAAAGUUACAUCCCGAUGGGUUACCGGUGGCCAGCCAAAAGCGGGGCCACGUUUCUAGCGGGAACGUCAUGGCGAGUGUCUUUUCGCCAGCACGUUGCAUCUUUCCCGUCCGUCCUUCCCACCAUCCGAGCUCGCCGUUAACGUUAAACGAUCGAAAUCGAGAGACGACGCCAAUUUCCCUACGCGACUUUGCCGACUUUUCGAGGUCCCUAUUCGCGUCUUGCGACCUGUACGACGUUUCGCGAUCCAGAGACUAAACUUCACACAGAGCGAAAGAGUCGAUUUCUCCCCCGAGAUGCGCCUACGAUCGCGAAUUAGGCUUACGACUUUGGGGUAUACUGGGAUAUACCACUUUCGUUAGGGUGAAAUUUGUUGAUGCCGGCUGAAAAUCCGCCAUGCCGCCGCCGGGUUUACCGAUGCGUCUUGAGCGUCAUCCCCCGAAACGCGGGACCGGAUUUCCGGCCAAGGCGACAGAUUUUAUCGUAACAGUCCUAUCGUUCCAGUUUAUUCUUUACAGUCCUUGGCACCUUGGCGUGGGAUGUGCCGACCUCGUCCUUCUCCUUGGGAUUUCAAAGGCGUCGGAACGCGCGAACGUCCGGCACGAGGCAAACGCGUCCCCGUGUUAGGCUCUCUUCGGUGUGUUUCUAGGCUGUAGUUCCACCGUGUCUCCGGCAUUAAUCGAAUACUCGCACCAACUCGGAAAUUGCACCGUUUAACUUGGCCCGGAGUUGACUCGGCCCCUCGUGUACAUACGCGGGUAUACAUGUAAGAUAGAGAGGUCGCGCUCGCCGCUCUUCCCAAGGCAGGUCCUUUGCGUCCCCGUCGACGAAGAGGAGAGUCGGGUUUUAGGCUCCGAAGGCGUCUCCUUCGUCAAGUAGGAAUAUUCGGCGGAAAGAGGAAUCCCGAGAAACGAGCAUCCGAGCCGAUGGUCGUUCUUCUCCUCGUGUGCGUCGAUGGGGCGAGGUUCCUCGCGUGCCUCGACGGAAGCACGCCAUCCCUAGUUGUCGUAAAUGUUGUGUUUCUCCGCCGCGAUACGCACGUCGAAGCGAGCCGUCCGAGGAAAGGAGACAAAGGGACCGGGCUCCCGGAACGCUUUGGCGUUUCCUCGUUUCCUCGCUUUCCGUGGCCGUCGACCGACAGAGGCAAGAGACGCCGGGCUGCGACGAACCGUUUGUCUUCUGCGACGCGCCGUUUGUAAAAUGCGUGGAGCGGAAUCGCCGGGGAAGCCUCGCUGCCGAAAAGUGGAGGCGGUGGGAACGUGCGGCGUGUCCCUAACGUCCCGAAGGACGAGAAUGGACCCAGGGGUAUCCCGGCUUCCCUUCCGGCGCCCAUCUUUCCUUGUCGGGGGGGAAGCAAGGAAUGCGCGCCUCGGCUCGCGGGAUCGAUCCCGAUGAUCGAUCGUCUCGCCCUCGACGACGAACCCGGAUGAUCGUCUCGUGGAACCUCCAUUUCCGGUCGCGCGAUUUCCUGCCUCUCGCGGCGCCUACAGAGCCGCUGGUUGCGAUCGACGGGUAUGCCCAAAAGGGUGGAAGUGCGUAAUUUGGCCGCGACGCUCGAUCGGAAACCCGAAGUGCGUGCCUUGGAACCUUCUUUCAAGGAUCGAGCAGCCCGGUCCUUUGUUAGGGACGCGACGAGUCGAGGAUUUCGACUCGUUACAUCCGAAUCAACUCGAUUAUUGUACCUCGAGUUAUCGGGACGAACGAAUGGGACUUUCAAGUGGGAACGCGAAACCUGAGUUACCUACUCGUUAUUCGUUUAUUCUUACCGUUUUCCUCGCCAACUCGCAAUAAAAUCGAUUCGCUGCGCCGAAUGUAUGCGGUACCCAGUCCCCGACUUGAAUUCAAACUCGAGUGGGGGAUAUUUUCGAACUCGAGUAGCUCGACUCGAUAACGUACUUGACUCGUCCUGGGCAAACGCGUUCGCCUUCCCGCUUGAAUUCUCAUUCGAAAGUCGAGUCAGAAGACUAGAUGUUGAGCGAAGUGCUCGAAAUCCGUCGCGAUUACCGUCGAAUCUUCUUCGUCGAUCGCGACCCGGACCGCCCCGAGAUCGGCAGGAGUCGAUACAGCCGAGGCGAACGAACGAAAACUGUGAUAGCGAUCCGACGUGCUAGACUAGACGUAAGAGCGUCGGCGAGGACGAGAGCUGCGUCGCGACGCUCCCCCAUGGGAACGUCGCGAUCGCUCGCGAGAUCCCUUCGAGGCCUCGCGACGUUCUCCGAGGGAGACGCCUGGUUGCACUUUGUGCGCGUCGUCGCAACCACGAGUCCACAGAGGAUGCAUCGUCCUCGAGUCGGCCAGAAUCCUACCGAUACCCUCGUGGACCCGAGUGCCUCCCGGGUGCCUACGGUGCCACUUGUGUACAAAGGGUGGCCCUCGUGUCCACCAUCGUACCCACCUCUGGUGCCAAUCGUCCCGCCGAGUACCAUUUUCUAAUCGCUAGAGUAAUCGAACUCCACGAGGCAUUUGUCGAACUCGAUGUACAUUGUCCGCAAACGCGCCGAUCUGCGAAAAGUCGCGGCAGAGUCCAUUUGUCAGAAAGUGCGUUUCCCGCAAGACCGGCGAUAACGCCUGUGUAUGUAAACGAAACGCGUCACCCUGUGCGUUUUCGCCGCGUAUGCCGCCGCAUCCCACUGUAAACGUUUUAACCGGCACGGGGUGACGCGUUUCGAGCUCCUCGGCAAAACCGGCUUCGAGGACGACGUUCCAUCCGAUCCUGCGACUGGCGAUCCGGGCGCGAAACCGGAGCGGCGAGUGCGGGCAAACGGAGCCGAAAGUGGACCACGAACGGAUUCCGCGGACUUCGCGCGUGGCCCUGGCUCGAGAGGGCCGGGGGACGGAAGGGCCAUCUCGAAUGUGCGAUUCGGCAGAAGAGAGACUGUCCCCCCUCUACGUUGGUGGAACUAUUCGUUGCGGUUUUACAAUUCGUGUUUUUUACUUACUUUAUGUCUAGACUCUUCCUCUCAGCCAGUAAUAAGAUGGAGUACAGUGAAAUAAAGGAAAGCCAACGUACCGU